GAAUCAAGUUUGCACCGGAUCAGCUGGCAACUCUACCUAUCCGACCAGCUGAUUGCCACAACAAACCGCGAUCGUCGGGCCCCAGUGCGAGAUCGUACGCUGAACGCGCCACGCGAUUCCCGUGUUUUGUUGUUGAAUCAAUCCUGCAGACGACGUGGUGGUUUCGGAGAGUGCCAGGACUCGCAGGACCUUUUGCAUGGACGCGGGUUGAAGACGGUUCGCAAAACCGCAGUGCCAAAUUGGGAUUACCAUCCGUUAGUGCCAUGAAAGAAAACUAAUUUUUUUCUGGGAUCAAACACGAGCCAACCAACCAACAUGCCAUCACUAUUGGAAGCCCUGGAGCAAAAAUAUGGCGAGAGUUCGACCGAAUCCGACUGUUCAGAUGAUGAAGGCAUUUCCGUCUCGAUUUUCGUGCCUUGCAAAUCGGCGAGAACUGUUGUGCCAGCACUGCUCAUUCUUAACGACUGUGACAUCGCCACCGCCGGUGAGAAAGAAGCCCUAGAAGCCAAGUGUUCCGGAGUCGAGGAACUGGAUCUCGCCAAAAACAAACUCAAUCAUUGGAUCGAGGUGUUCGAUAUCCUUCGUCAAAUGCCCAACCUGCGAUUCGUAAACUUGAGCUUUAACGUUCUUUCACAUCCCCUUCCCGAAGUCGAAGUGGAUCGCAGUUUCAAAUGGCAGCACCUCAAAAGUCUUGUGCUGAACUCUACCCGGAUCAAUUGGGAGAGUGUUAAGGAAAUUCUGGAUUUGUUACCGGAACUAGAAGAGUUACAUUUAAGUUUAAACGACUUUAACAUGGUGUGUCUGUGUGAUAAAAACCAAAAACACGACAACGAGGACAUGAAAAAAGAUUGUUUAAAGGACAAAGAAAAUAUUAAGCACAAACAUUCGGUUAUAAAAAUUUUGCACUUCACAGGCAACCCCAUAGAAGACUGGCGAGAGGUUGUUAAACUGGGCUACGCUUUUCCAAGUUUAGAAUCUUUGGUUUUGGCCGAAUGCCCCAUAAAAUCGUUGAGCAUCGAUCCAGAAGACGAACACAAUUGCAACCGGGAAUACCAGAGAUCAGAGAGUGAAUGCGAGUCCAGUAAUCAAAAGGAAUCGCCACAUGAUUCAUUCAGAAAUCUGAAAGUCUUAAAUUUGAAUAGCACCCAGCUGACUACCUGGGACGACAUGGACAGACUUGCCAAGUUCCCCAAUCUCAAACAAGUCAGAGUACAAGGUUGCCCUUUAUGGGAAGGUAAAGAAUAUACGGAACAUGAACGACGACAAUUGCUUAUUUCAAGAUUGCCCAACGUCGAAGUUCUAAAUGGUGGGAAAAUUGAUGCGCAAGAAAGAGAAGACGCCGAGAGAGCUUUCAUUCGAUAUUUCAUGGAAAAACCAGAAAGCGACAGACCCGAAAGAUAUGCCGAAUUGGUUCGGAUCCAUGGAAAACUCGAUCCGUUGGUCAAUGUUGACUUGAAGCCGGAGAAAAAAGUGAAGGUAACGUUCACUUGCGGACAAAAGAGCGAAGUUCGAUUGGUCGAUGUGUAUAGAACUGUGACUGAUUUGAAAUCAAAGUUGGAGACAUUUGCCGGUUUCCCUGCUUCCAAAAUGAGACUAUUCUACGUUGACCAGGAUUUUAAAGACACUAUAAUGGAAUCUGAGGAGAUGAUCUAUCCUAAAAAACAACUGUACAGUUACAACAUAAGAUCGGGCGAUGAAAUAAUAAUAGAGUCAAAGAGAAAAUAACAAUGAUAAGUAAAUAUCCAUAAUAAACCUUAUGUACCACAUUCAUAUUCCUUUCCUCUAUGAUGAUGACGAUGAUGAUGAUGAUAAUGAUGAUACAAAACCACAGACAGAUUCAAUUGAAAAUCAAAUUCCUCGAUUUAUUGUUUGAUGGUUAUUGGGAAGUUUAUUGAAACAAUUUUCGUACGACGAACGAUAUUAAACUUCAUUAAGCAAUUCCAAAACUAGUAAAAGGCAGCCAUUUUUCUUAUAUGUUUACUUAUUAAGUUACAAAAAUACGCAGCAUAUUUUUAUUAAGAGAUUUAAUUUCAAUGUUCCAGUGAAAUUUUAAAGCCAAUGCAUCAGAUGUAUUAGUAUUAUUUCUUAUCAAUGCAUCGAUACAUAUGCAGAAAAUAUUCAACAUAAUUUUAGUGUAGCUUUAAUUAAAGAACGAACUGAUGUGAGUGCCGACUCGAUUUUCCCUCUAGCAAUAAGCUAAACGCUAAUUCCAUAAGAAUCAUAAAUUUCCGCUACAGAACUUAUUUAUUGAUGUAUUUAUUUUCUAAAUGGAACUCUGGUUAUCUAUCUUGCAACACAAAACCAUAAUUAUAGCAUUUUUGAAUGAUGUUCAGUGUUUUCAAUUCUAGGUAUUAUUUUAGAACACACAUUGUGAUAUUUUAUCCUAAUAGACACAAGAUAGAGAGUCAAUGAAACUGCCAUGUAGUCUCUUUUUUAACAAAUAGAUUUUGGUAAAAUAUUAAUUAGAAAUAGCAGAUUUACGUUUAGUUUUCUCGUUUUUGCUCGAUAUAAUAAAAGUCAUAAAUCUGUGCACACAAUAGGUAAUUAACUAAGUGAACAUAUUUUACCAAAACUAUGUCCGAUUUCGUUAGUUGGUGUAUGGUUUUAUUAGUUUUAAUGGGAUUUACUACUUAUUGUGAUAUUGAGACGGUGUUAAAUUUUAUUAAUGCCGUUUAUUGUAGAACUUAUGUACUAACAUACAUACUUAUAUAUAUACAGCUGUACAUUAACAACAUAUUAAAUAAAAAUAUUUUUAAUUCAA